AACGUGAAUCAUAUUUGUGCAGUCUCUUGCUUGUCUGGUGUCAAUAGUAGCAAUUCUGCUCUUCUUCCUUCAGAAAAUGGAGUCAGACAUCUCCCAAGCCUUCCAGGAAGAACUCACCUGCUUCAUUUUCUUGGGCUACUUCACAGACCCAGUCACCAUAAGCUGUGGCCACAGCUUCUGUCAAGCCUGCCUUCACCUGUCUUGGGAAGACAUGGAAGUUCCUGUCCAUUGCCCUAUGUGUAGGGAACCAUCACAGCAGAAGGACUUCAGAACAAACACUGUUCUGAAGAAGCUGGUGUCCAUUGCCAGACAAGCCAGCCUCAAGAAGUCCGUAAGUGCCAAUGAACACAAAUGUGAUACCCACAAGGAGACCAAGAGGAUCUUCUGUGUGGAGAACAAGAUCUACCUCUGUAAACUGUGCUCAGAAUCCCAUGAGCACUGUGCUCACACACACUGUCCCAUCGAAACCGCUGGUGAGGACCAAAUGGUAAGUGAAUUUCCGGGAGAAUUGGAAAGGAGUGAGUCAAUGCGGAUUAGCAUGCCCCAGGAUAUGAAACCAGAGCUCAGCGCCUUGCCCAUUACUGGACUUACUGAACGUUUCCAGUCCUUCCAAGCCUUCUGGAUAUCACAGAGCCUCAUUUCAGGGAAAUAUUACUGGGAGAGGGAUUUUGAGGAUUCUUCGGUCUGGGCUGUAGGAGUCUGUACAAAUUCCUGGUUAAGGAAGAGAAACCAACUGGUUGAAUCUGAGGGGAAAUAUUACUGGGAGGUGGUAGUGAAGGACUCUUUAGACUGGGCUGUAGGAGUCUAUAUAGAUUCCUCAUUUAGGAAGAAAAUCCUAUGUGUUGCAUGUAUGUUUAUACUUGCCUGUGUGAAGGAGGGCAUUCAUAGCAAUCUCCUCAAAUCAUGGCCAGUUAUCCAUCUCUAUAUAGAGAAGCCAGUGGGCCAGGUUGGUGUGCUCCUUGAUUGUGACGAUGGAUCUUUAAGUUUCCUGGAUGUUGCCAGGAGUUCCCUCAUAUACAAGUUUCCUUCUGGAACCAUCAAUUUCCCUGUCCAGCUUUUCUUCUGCAUUGACAAGACAAUAUAA